GCGCGCCACGCCGAAAGGGCACGAUGCCACGCGACGAGGCCAAGCCGUCGCUGCCUCCGAUCCAGCGCGCGCCGAUGGGCGAUGACCCGACGCGCGUCGACAACAACGGCCUCGACGCGAAGGUACAGAGCCUGCCCGAUGCGGCGCUGCUCUUUACACGGCCGGCGGGCCGCCCGCUCGAGGUGUGGCACGACCCCGUGGCAACCAGCAAGCCGACAGCGAUGACAUCGUGGGCCAAGAAGCGACCGCGCUCGCCGGGCGUCAAUACGCAGCUGCAGCCGCUUCGAAGCGACGGCAAGAGUCCUCGGCGCAUGCGGUCGUUCGUGCAGAACUUUUUGGCCGACGACAUGGGCACGUUUCGCAGCGACAUCGACUUGCACAAGCACGCUGUCGACACGGGCCGUGCCGUCACGGACGCCGACGUGCAGGAGGUGGCGCGUAUGCUGCCAGGUCUCAAGACGCUUCGGCUCUCGCACUGCGUCGACGUCUCGGAUGCGUGCUUGUGGGCGGUUGCCAAGCACUGUCCGUCGCUUACGGGCAUCUACAUGAGCCAAUGCGAGCGCAUCACCGACCUCGGUCUGCGCGUGCUCGCCCACAACUGCAAACUCGUGACCGUGGAUCUGAGUGACUGCAAGCAGCUCGGUGACCUCGCGCUUGCAACGCUGGCCGCGGGCUGCUGGAUGAUCGAGACGUUCAUUCUCGCGCGCUGCCCGCAUGUGACGGACGUCGGCAUCGCCAAGAUUGCGCAGUGCUGCAAAGGCCUCACGUACAUCGACGUCUCCGAGUGCCAGCACGUCGGCGAGUUUGGUGACAAGGCGCUCCUCGAGCUCGGCAAGUGGUGCGGGAACCUCAAGCAUUUAGACCUCUUUGGCUGUCGGCACGUCCGCGACAUGGGCAUCCGCGCGAUCGCAAACGGCUGCCCGCGCCUCUCGACGCUCAAGCUCACGGGCUGUCGCGACGUGAGCAGCAUCUCGAUCCAGGAGCUUGCUUCCAAGUGCCACGCGCUCAUGCGGCUCUCGCUCGCUGGCUGCGUCAAAACGCGCAACGAAGAUCUGGUCUUGCUCGCCGCCUCAUGCAAGGAGCUCGUUUGGCUCGACAUUAGCGGGAGCCCAAAUCUCUCGAACCGAGGCAUCGCAGCGCUCGCGCAGCACUGCACGUCGCUGACGCACCUCAAUCUCUCCGACUGCCAGCACGUCAACGACAAGGUGCUGCGGACGCUCGGCGAUCACUUGCGGUCGCUCACGUCACUGUCCCUUGUCAACUGCGGUCGCAUCACCGAGGCCGGCAUCGACGCCAUCACGACCCAAUGUACCAAGCUGUUUACACUCAACAUGACCGAGUGCCCUCACAUUCGUCGCCGCUACCUCCACGAGCUCGUCGCGCGCCUCGAGUUUGUCGACUGGUCGAGCGCCUUCUUUGGCAUUGAGCCGCUGCCCAACGCCAUGGACCUCCAGCUGCGCAAAGAGCGUCGGAUUCUCGAGCGCCAAAGCGCGAUCCAGAUCCAAGCUGUCAUGCGAGGGUGCCUCGCGCGCGGCGGUGUCUACGGCGCCAAGCUCCGGCGCGUCGAGCGCACGACGUUGCCCAAGAUCCAGGCGCGCAUCCGGGGAUGGCUUGCCCGCAGCGCGUACCGCCAACUGCUUCUCGCCCGCCUCCAGCUCGUCAUGGCUCAGAUCAUUCAACGCGCCUAUCGCCAGUGCCUCGUGCGGCGCAUGUGUCGGCGUGCGCGGCGGCUUUUGCGCAUUCGCAACAGCCAAGAAGCGGCCGCCAUCAUCUUUCAAAAAAUGUAUCGCGGGCACAAGGGACGCAAGCGUGUUGCACAGAUGCGCGCGCGCAAGGCCGCCCAUGCCCAGCUCGAGGCGCGGCGCGCGGUGCUUUUUGAACUCGCAGCCAUCAAAGUCCAGCAAAUGUACCGCGGGCACAAAGGCCGCGGCGACUGUCUCCUCUUACGUCAGAUGCGCGAGUCCGCGCGGCUGCAGCGCGAGAAGGAGCGGGUCGCAGCGGCGAUGCUCCAGCGCAUCUACCGCGGCCACCGCGGACGAAAAGCAUACCAGCUGCGCCUGCUCCAGCUGCAAGAGCUCCAAAACCAGCACGCCAAAGCGACUACCAUGCAAGCUUCGUACCGCCGCUUCCAGACGCGCCAGCAGGCCAAGAUCGCUGCCGCCCAAGACGCCGAAGCCGCCAAGCUUCGCGCGAUCGUGUGCAUCCAAAAGCACUGGCGCGGCACGCGUGAAAAGCACUUGGGCGCCAUUAUGCUCGGGCUUGUGUAUCUGCGUCGACGCGAGCACGAGGCCGCGCGCGUGAUUCAGAGCCGAUGCCGCGCGUUCCUCACGCGGGGGCUGCUCCGCGCGAUGAAGGAGGUGCUCCGGCUCAAACUCUCGCGCGAACGUGGCGCGACAACGAUCCAGCGUGUGUUUCGGGGGCAUAAAGGACGCGAAGCCCAUGACGUGCAAAUCGAACUGCGCAAGCUCGAAGGCCAGGCCAAGCCUUUGUACGUUCGCAUCGCCAAGUUUGAAAAGGCGGUUGUCGGGCUCAAAACAUCGGUCGAGACGCUUUCGUCAGCGCUGGCGGCCGACCAAGCCGACGAGGCUGCGAUCGCAAGUGAGCUCGAGAAGACCAUGACGAUCAAAUCGAAAUUUCACGACUCGGCGCGGAUCACGGGGGCCAAGCAGCGGUACCUUACCCGGUACCUCCAAGCGCAGCUCGCGGACCAGCUCCAGAAGAAGCGCAUGCUCGUCGCGGUCGAGAGCCGCAACCUCGAGCUCGCGGUCGCCGAGCUCAAUGAAAGCGAGAAGCAGCUGCGCUUCGCCAAGCGCGAGCUACAGCCGCUCACCGAAGGCGUCGAGCGCAAGACCAAGGCGAGUCGCGUGAGUCGCCUCCAGCACCAAGUGCGUGCGCAGCGCGGAGGUGCGAUUGCGCUGCAGCGGCUCUUUCGCGGGUACCGCGUCCGCGCGGCCGUUGCCGAAGGUUCAAACCGCUGGAUCGAGCUCUACGAUCCGGUACUCGAGCGGCUCUACUACGUCAACGCGUGGAGCCAGGAGACGCGGCGUGUGCGGCCGCUCGCAAUGGGCAUCUUUGGCGACAGCUUUGUGCCACCGUACAAGGGCACGUCGUGGUACCAGUGCCGCGACGAGACAACCCACGCGUUCUACUACUUCAACCGCGAGACGCACGAGUACCGGUGGGAGCCACCGGAGGCAACGACGAGCGCCCGCGACGUCUUUGAAGCCCAAAAGAAAGACGAGUUGACGCAGCGAGCUAUUCGAACGCGGCGCAUCGGCGCCUGGGAAGAGCAUGUGGAUCCAGUGUCCAACUCGACGUACUACUACCACCCCGAGACAGGCGAGUCGACAUGGACGCUGCCACCGACACGAGCGCACUCGGGCCGCGUCUCGACCGGGCGGCGGUCGGUACAUAGCCUCGAGCGCGCCGACGUGCCGAUACAGUGGCAGUACUACUACGGUUACGACGUGGAUGACGAGAGUAGGCGGCUCGUGAAGCGAUCGUCGCCGCGGUCGCCGUGGACCGAGUGCUUUGACGAGUCGUACCAGCUACCGUACUACUACAAUCAGCUCACGACUGAGUGCCGAUGGACAAAGCCCGACGACUUUGACGUGCCUGUGACACAAGCGUCGCCGUCGCAAGGCCUUGAGUGGUUCAACGAACAGACCGAGAAGAAUACGCUCUCGGCGCGGCGGUUUACAAAGACGCGCGACAUUGGCUCGAUCUGGGAAGAGCACGCGGACGCUGAGACCGGCGUUGUCUACUACUUUAACACGAUCACGGGCGAGACGCGCUGGUCGCUCACGCCGCGCAGCUCCCGCGACGACGAGGCCGCGGCGAACCGCAUGCCGUUGACGUUAAAGGCCAAGCUGGACGCCGCCAAUGAGAAAGGACCGGUCGCGUACGCUGGCCGCGAUGUGCAUGCAGCGUGGCUGGCAGACGCGGUCGAGGCCAAAGAGUGGGCCAAAGCCGACGGCCUCGUCGAAGAAAUGCGGUGGCGCGAGGUGGAAGCUGAGGCCAACCCUACCCCGCCCGACGAGGUUGGCACGACGCCCGAGUGGCAGCCCAUGGAAGAGAACGGCGCUGUGUUUUGGUACAACACACGCACGGGCGAGUCAACGUGGGAUCCACCCACACGUGAUGGGCUCGAAUAACUCGAAUAACGUUAUAGUCCUUUGAGUUUUAAAUGCUUAAUGGAUCUCGCGCCAACAUUUUUUGAUUGCCA